UUCAACCGAACAGUUCCAAUCCUUAACCACAAACAUCCAAUCAUGAAGUGCAUCGUCGCUGCAGUCAUCUUGGCCAUGGCCGUCGUUUCCGAAGCCGGAGUGGUCCCAUGGGGCUGGCCACAUGCUGCCGCCGUGCCUGCUGCCGUUCCAGUUGCUGCUUGGCCCCAUGCUGGAUGGCCACAUGCUGGUGCCUGGCCUGGUGCUGCUGCCUGGCCGGCUGCGGCCCACUGGCCUGCUGCCGCUCACUGGCCAGCGGCCGUUCCAGCUUACCAUGCUGCUGCCCCGUACCUUGCCGCCCCACAUGUCCCAGCUGGCUCGGUUGCCCACCACGCUGGAGUCGUCCCAGGAGCCGUCUCGGUCACCGCCAACCGUGGCUCCGUUCAUGUAGCCCCACUCGCCGGACAUGCCGUUUCGCAGCAGCAGCUGAAUCUGGCUCCAGCUCCUGGAACCAUCUAAUUCUGAUGAUCAAAACUAGUCACUAGAAUCGAAUUGGCCACCGACCCUAAAUUGCGAUGAACACCUUCCGAGGACGAAUUGUGCAAUCAGGAGAAAAAACACGCAGAACUCGAAUACUAAAAAAAACAGUGAUAUACUCAUUAGGAGAUAAGGCAAAUGCAAACGCUAUGAAGGCACUCAGUGCCAUCGAAGCGUCAACUGAGAGAUUCGUACGUA